CGUGCGCGUGGUAGACUCCUCUCCUACAACAUCACUAAUCAACGUUCGAAGAAUACAAAUAAACCUCCUACUCUAUACUUCAUACUCCACUUCUAUACACUGGGCUUUUCUUGCCGCAUAUCCGAACCAAAUCCCCACCAAACCAUAAACUCUCCCACGAACCGCCACAACCAAACCACAAGAUGCCUUCCUCCCAAGAUUCCGGAGUCACUGGCGCGGCGAAGUUUGUCACCUCCACUCUCGGAAAUACGGUUGGCGGAGUUUCUCGGACCGUAGGCGGCGUCACCGGAGCUGCAGGCCGAGGAAUCGGAGACACCAUCACCGGCGCAACAGGCAGUGCGGGCAAACCCGUGGGUGAUGCUUUGGGCAAUAUCGGAAGUGGCGUCGAGGAUGGGGCCCGCAAGGUUGCGCAGGGCGUCGAAGAUGCUGGGCAGUGGAAGUCUCGGGGGUGGUAGGGGAAUAUACAAUCUAGGAGGGAUGCGUUGUAUGGAUGUCAUUCUGUGAGAGUUGUGGAUAUCAUCUUAUGAUUGUUUUCUUUUUUUGCUUUUUCUGUAACUAGUGAUCUGUAAUGAAACCAGAUCCUUCUACUCAUGUAUGAGCAUCUGUGACAUUAAUGUAAUGCCG